AUGGAACUUGAGAUUAAUGAUGAUAAGGUCGAGUGCCCAUGGUGGGUUACUGAGGAUGGGCAGGGGCUCUCUGCAGACACUGAAAGUAACCAGGACAGUGAGAAGUUCUUCAGCGUGUGUAGUCGAGUCACAGUUACAGGAGAGCAAGUGGGAAAAUUCACCUGUCAAAUCCUGACCCCCCUGGUGCAGGUGGAGAAGAAAACUACCAUGCUCAUCUCAGGUUCUAUUUUUCCAGGUGCAUCUCAGUGGAUCUCUGCCUCAUGGAUACAACUCUCUUUAUUCCUUCUCACAUUGGCUGCUGGUUCUGUUCUGAUAUUUCAAGGAAGGAGAGUGGACUCCCUGGAAACUGUUUGGCUGAAGAAACACCAGCACCUCUACCAAAAAAUUCAGACUCUGCAGGAAGCUUUCCAGAAUGAGCAGGAGUCCACACGGCAUGAUAUUCAGCUCCUCAGAACAGACUUGAAGAAGGAACUAGGAUUGACAAUAGAUGCAAAUACUACAAACACUUUGGAAUCUGUGUGGAAGGAAGACCUCCAAGAAGUGUCCCAACAAGUCCAAACUCUGCAGAAAGCUUUUAAAAGCACCCAGGUGUACGCACAGCGUGACCUUCAGAUGAUCAGAACAGUCCUGAAGGAUGAACUAGUAAAGACAGUGGAGGCAAAUGUCACAGGGAAUAUAGCAUGCAUAUGGCAGAAGGACCUCCUGCAGCUCUCCCAACAAAUUCAAACUCUGAAGCAAACUUUCCAGAACAUGAAGUUUGCCAUACAGCGUGACCUUCAAAUGACCAGAACAGACCUGGAGAACAAACUAGGAGAGACAGUGGAGGAAAAAACAAGCACCUUAGAAUCCAGGCUGGAGAAGGACCACCAUGAAAUCUCCAAACAAAUUCAAACUCUGCAGGAAAACUUCCAGAACACAUAUGAGACCACACAGCGUGACCUUCAGAUGAUCAGAAUACACUUGGAGCAUGAGCUAGGUAAACCAGGCCAUUCCCCAGCAGGCUUUCAUUUCUCUGAAGAAAAAAGCUGUUCUACAGGCAAACAGUCCUGUGAGCUCAUUGUCCACAGCUCCUCAAAGUGGAUGAAGGAGAGAAGGACAGUGAAGGAAAAUACCUCAAGGGUCUUGGAAGCCAUGCAGCUGAUGGAUAUCCCACAGCUCUCUCAAGAAAUCCAGACUCUGGAAAAAACUUUGCAGACCAUAUCGUCGUCCACAAAAUAUGACUUAGACCUGCCAGUCCUACGGUCCUACAAAGGAGAUGUCAUCCUGGAUGCUGACACGGCUCAUCCCAGACUGGAAAUCUCUGCGGAUGGGAGGAGAGUGAAAGAUACUGGUGUCAUCAGAUUCUCGCUCAGAAGUGAGAAGAGAUUUGAUUCUCAUCUGUUUGUGCUGGCAAAGGAAGGAUACACUUCUGGGAAACACUAUUGGGAAGUAAAUGUUGGGACAAGAAGAAACUGGGCCUUGGGUAUUGCCUGUGAAUCUGUGACUCGCAAAGGAACUUUGACUCUGUGUCCUGAGAAUGGCUUCUGGGUUAUUGCGUGUGUAGAUGGGCAAGAUUAUUUGGCCUGCACAAAUCCUUGGACCUGUCUGACUGUGACUGGCUCUUUGUCAAAGAUUGGGAUCUUCUUGAACAUCCCAGCCAAGCAGGUUUCUUUUUAUGAUGUCUUUAGGGCAGUAGCUUUGUACACUUUAAACAUUGCUGAGGGCAGCAGCCAGGAAGGCAAAUUCCUUCCCUUCUUCUCUACAGGCCUUGCUGCUGCUGAGCCCGACACUGAGCCACUAGAAAUAUUGCCAUUUUCUGAUGAUGAUGAUGAGUAGUUUACUCUGCAUUUCAAAGGUCAAUACUGUGAUUGAAUCACUUUGUAAUCAGGCUGCUGAUUUGUGUCUUCCAAACAAAAGUAUUGAAGGAGAGGGCAAAUUUGUCACAGUGGUCAGCUUUCUAAACUAUGCAUCAGAACAAAAAGUUUUUUUGAGGGAAAUUUUAUAUUGUCAAGAGAAAUAAUUUUUAUUUCAUGGUAGUAUGAAAAAAGCACUUCCUGUGGAUUGUGAAUUUUCCUGGAAAAUUACUGUAUUGGGAUGGGUUUUUUUGAUCUCAUAC